AAAAACACCAGCCUCCAGGCGGAUGUUGAUGACGUCAUACACACGCAACCCAAACACAGCUUGUUGGUAGCUAGUUAAAUGUCGCCGUUAACCAUGAGUGGCUCUGUUAUCAUAAUGAAUGUAGUAUUUUGAGAGCGACCAUGAUUUCAGUGAGCUACAUUCUGCUGUGCGGACAGCUGCUGCUGCUGCUGACGGUGAUUCUGUUACAAUGUCUGGAAGGGAUUCACUCCCAGAACUCCUCAUCCGCCACGGAGGCCCCUGCUGCCGCUGCUACCGGCAGUCAGGGAGCCACCGGGCUGCCGUUCAGCGAGCAGCCGCCGGAGAUAGUCAGUACUAGUAACUAUACAGAACCCUACGUGUACAAACCCCCGUCACCUGUCGUCCUCUGCAGCUACCUACCAGAGGAGUUCAUCUACUGUCAAGAUCCUGUAGAUCAUGCAAAUAACCACAGUGCCCUUCUGGAGAUGGGCCAUGGUUGUGUUGGGUGGGGUGGCCAGACUCAAAAAGAGGUGAACCAAACACAGGUCAUCUGCACUGCACUCGACGGUAUCGAGUGUGCUGGACCCAAAGAAUUCCUCAGAGGAAACGUACCCUGCAUCAAAUACACCGGGCACUAUUUCAUCACCACGCUGCUGUACUCCUUCUUCCUUGGAUGUUUUGGGGUCGAUCGUUUCUGCCUGGGUCAUACCGGCACCGCUGUUGGGAAGCUGCUCACCCUGGGAGGCCUGGGAAUCUGGUGGUUUGUGGACUUGAUCCUGCUCAUCACCGGUGGCCUGAUGCCCAGCGACUACAGCAACUGGUGCACCUACUACUGAGUGUGCUACUGAGGACUCAGUCAGACAUUAUCAGUUAAAUAUUGAGAACUCCAGUGACGUGGCCACGGCCGUCAUAGUUAUGAAUCUGUGGGCUGGCUUGCUCUGAGGGGAUUUACUGCUCUGCUGUGCAAAGUGGAGUCCAGGGAGGUCCUGAGGACUCCUACAGGGCUCCCAGGAAAAAAAUGAGGAAUCAUUUAAUUUCAUUCUAAUUUAAUCCGCUUGAAAUUUCCCUACAGAACGCAUAAGAAUGACUAUUGUACUCACAGCUUUCACCAGAGCGACAGUGAUUGCAAUACUACUUUUUAGUACUAAAUUGUCGACUAAGGUCUCUUUCACACCUGUAGAUCAGUUCAUAUGGUCUGGACCGAGGACAUGUUGUUGCUUUUUACUUCUGGUCUGCUUCAUGAUGACACUGACUUGACUGAUACAUGGAGUAGGACACAAGUACAACACACCUCUGUUUUAAGUGAUGUAUUGAGGAAAAAUAACUGCACUCAUAUGGUGGCACGCAGGUGGCUUUCACACCACAAUCUAACCGCACCAGAGUUUGCUUGGAAUCAGACUGAGACCGCCUGAAAAAGGAGGGUCUCAGACCAGUUGUUUAGUCUGCGCUGGAAAGGAUCAAAACAAGGGAGGUUAAUAUGUGGUGUGAAAGCAAACCAACCAACCAACCAACCACAGGAUCUUACGAUAGUAAAUGUGUAAUUUUAGCAGGAAUAAAAAACAUAGUACAGGACACCCCUUGGUUCUCCCUCUGUUCUCGUUUGUCACUGUGAUAAACAAGGUCCAGUUUCAGUCUAUACUAGUUAAUAGUCAUUAUCAGUUAUUUCUUAUUAGCUCUUUGUUACACCAGAGAACAUAAAUAAACACAACUUAACUGUCAUUUUUCAAACCGUUCCACAUGUAGCAAUAAUGACACACGGAUGACAUCGCUAAAAAAUGUAAAGAGUUACCUUUCAGUCCAUAUGACUUCAUGUUUACAGCUCCAGUGUGACCAUGAACCAUGUUCUGACUAAAUGAGCUGAACUACAGGUGUGAAAGUGACCUGCAAUCGCACAAUCUGUUCUGAAAAGUGAAGCACAUCAGGGUCUGUGGAACCAGUUUGUCCUGGAUAGUUUGGGGAUUUGAUGGUUACCUGGCAUAAAAUGAUAGAACAUACAAUUUACUCUUGAUCCACAUUUUCUGCAGCUAUAGUCCCACUCCAUAAUUUUGUGAUAUAGUCUAGUAAGACAGUCGCUGUUCGUAUACUUAAUAUUGUAUACUGACCAAGGAGUCUCCAUUCCAGUUAAAUUCUGAGCAAUGAUCUUAGAAAUAUCCUGUCACAUCCUACACAAGAGUUCUCACCCAGAGUAGCUUUCCUUCUUCAGAUUACCCAACAGCUGAGCUUUAACCCUUUCGCUGUCCUCUUCUAUACUCGAGGCGUUCUGACUUCUGGACUUUCUCUGCUGCUUUAAUGUGCUCCUACUGUACUUGGAUUGAUUAACAUUACAGCCUCGAGCAAGUUGGAACACAAAACUCAAGAUGGACAGCGUGUUCACAGAAAGUCAAGUUGACGGAGGUGAUGAUUUAGUGUUUUCCAGUAUUGGCUCGAGGAACGUUUUGAGACGGGGCAAGCACUAAAAAUCCUUUACCUAGAAAAAAACUAAAUGUGUGCUGUGUGGGAGCAUUUCCCUCCCGUCUGACCCUGUUCAAAUGUCUUUUGACAUUUUAUAGUUGUUUUUUCUUUCUCCAGCCAGACUCAGGCCUCACAUUAAAUAUUAAAAUCUUCAUCUUCCACUUUGUUAAUUUUUUUUUCUUUCAUCUUCCACUUUGUUAAUUUUUUUUUCUUUAAGGUUUAUGUGCUCUUUCAUAGAUAGAGCAGGUUUCAUUAUGCAAGGAUCCAUAAAACUCUGUUAGAUCAUAAAAAGUUGAAGAAGACAUGAUCGUCAACGUGUCGACUCUUCUCAUCCAGCAGCACUAAUAUGCUUUUAGUAGCCAGGUAAUAUAUUUUCAGCUGGCUAAACAUCUUUUUGCGGGAGGGAAACCUCAAGACACUGCUUUAAUUCACUCAAUAUGGCAAUUGAUAUGCUGUCUUAUACACACAUGUAAACAUAUAUACAGGGUUGUUCAUACAUAAGAUCUGAAUGUAAUUCUCUCUCUGUAGAAAAAUGAAUACUGAAACAUAGUGUGUUCAUGCCACUUCGAAAACAUUUAUGUUCUGGUGUCUGUUGGCCUUGUAAGAUAUUGUAUAUAAUAUUGAUCCACCCAACAGAAGCUUCGCUUGGAAAGGGUUUUAUAUUCUUUAACUUUAAUCCACUGUUGUAUUUCUGUAUUUGCCUGAUGUGUUUAAUGUGUUGAGUCAGAAAAGACAUGUUCCUGGAAACGUUCUUGAUGUUGAUUUGACCAUGUUUCCUUGCUUGUUUCUCCUGAAAUAAUAAAAAAAUAAAACUUAAAAAAGGAAAACA